AUAAAGUACAGUUAUUAGCUUGCAAGGAGCUACUACAAGCUCUGGGGUACAAAGGAGCAGCAACACUUGCCAAGGAGUUGGACUUCAAGUUUGCAGGAAACUUCACCCGAAAUAACUAAAGUUGUCCAUCUUUAUGCUGCUGCACCCGCUGAGUUUCUCCAGCACUUUUGUCUACCACCAACCUAGGGUUGCUGCCUCACCGCGCCAAAGACCCGGGUUCGAUCCUGACUACGGGUGCUGUCUGUGUGGAGUUUGCACGUUCUCCCCGUGACCGCGUGGAUUUUCUCUCGGUGCUCCGGUUUCCUCCCACACUUCAAAGACGCACAGGACGGUGGAGUGUGGGACAGAAUACUCUCAGCGAUGAAGCUUGUUCUGGCGUUGGUGCUGCCGCUGCAGCUGGCUUGCUUGGCCCUGGGUCUGGCACAGAACGGUGCUUUCUAUAUCAACGGCAAUAGCAACGGCAAUGGCCAUGGUAACGGCGACUAUUACAACGGGGUGAAGCUUCACAUCGAGGCACAGGAGGAGCGCCUCUUUGCGUAUCGGGGAGAGAACGUGACGCUGAGCUGCCGCUACCGCUACGAGCCGCCGGCCAAUGGCAGCCGCAAGGUGCGUGUGAAGUGGUCCAAACUCAACAUGGACUUCACCAAGGAGAGCGACGUGAUGGUGGCCAUCGGCCUGAGGCACCGCAGCUUUGGGGAGUUCAAGGAGCGGGUGUACCUGCAGCAGGCCCAGGAGAGGGACGUGUCGCUGGUCAUCACCGACGUCAGGCUAGAGGACUACGGCAAGUACAAGUGCGAGGUGAUCGACGGGCUGGAGGACGAGAGCGCCAUUGUCGAGCUGGAGCUACGAGGUGUGGUCUUCCCCUACCAGCCUCACCACGGCAGGUACCAGCUCAACUUCCACGACGCCAAGCAAGCGUGCGAGGGGCAGGACGCCAUGAUCGCUUCCUUUGAGCAGCUGUUCCAGGCGUGGGAGGAGGGCCUGGACUGGUGCAACGCCGGCUGGUUGGGCGACGGUUCCGUGCAGUACCCCAUCACCGCGCCACGCGGCCCGUGCGGGGGAAAGGACAACUCGGCCGGCGUACGCAACUACGGGCAGCGCCACAAGCACCUCCACCGAUACGACGUCUUCUGCUUUGCCUCAACCUUGAAAGGUAAAGUCUACUUCCGCCGCCACCCGCUGAAGUACAACUAUGAGGAGGCGGUGAGGGCGUGUCAGGACGAUGACGGAGAGAUUGCCAAGGUUGGGCAGCUCUAUGCCGCGUGGAAGUUCCUCAAGUUCGACCGGUGCGAGGCGGGCUGGGUCGCCGACGGCAGCGUGCGCUACUCCGUGGUCUUCCCCCGGCCCAAGUGUGGCCCGCCCGAGCCCGGCGUCCGCACCUUUGGCUUCCCCCGGAAGGAGAUGAAGAAGUUUGGGGUCUACUGCUUUAAGAUGAAUUAAAGAGGCAGGGGAGGCUGCUGUGUUGAUCACAGGAGAGCCCCCUCCUCACUGUUUAUUGAGCCAGAGUCAUGGCUCGUCUUUAAAGGUGAAAUCAAAUUAUUUUAACAAAAAUAUUAAAAUAUGAUCUUCUCACCCCCUUCCUUCUUCAGCACAGAAACAGGCCUUUCGGCCCACCGAGUCCACCCCUAAUAACCAAACGCAUAUUUCCUCUGCGCCCAAUUUAUCCUCCACACCUUCCAAACUACUCCCACCAAAAUGUUCUGCUCAUUUAGGAUCCAUUUAGUUUUUUAGACACAGCAUGGAACCAGAACCCUCAUCCCACCGAGUCCAUGCCGACUAGCUAUCCCCCACGCAUUAACACUAUCCUACACACACACACUUGGGACAAUUUACACAUACACCAAGCCAAUUAACCUAUAAACUGUACGUCUUUGGAGUGUGAGAGAAAACCAGAGCACCAGGAGAAAACCCACGCGGUCACGGAGAGAACGUGCAAACUCCGUACAGACAUGGUCGUGAUUGAGCCCGGGUCUCCGGCGCUGCGAGCGCUGUAAGGCAGCAACCCUCCCGCUGUGCCACCGUGCCAUCCAUUUAUACCGGUUUAUACACAGUUCUGCAAUGGCAAGUAUUUCGUAGUCUUGAGUUUUGUUUGCAAUAUUAGCGGAUUAAAUAAUUAGGCCCAGGCUAAGUUAGGCUCAUAAUCUGUCUGUGCAUUUACGCCUUAAAUUGACGGCUCAGUGACAAGCGGCAGAGUUUCUGCCUUACAGCACCAGAGACCCCGGUUCGAUCCUGACUAUGGGCGCUGUCUGUGCGGAGUUUGCACAUUCUCCUUUGGGUUUGAGUUUCCUCCGGGUGCUCCGGUUUCCAAAUACAUGCAGGUUUGUAGUUAAUUGGCUUCGGUACAUUUCCCCUAGUGUGUAGACGAGAACUAGUGUCUGGGUGAUUGUUGGUCAGCUUGGACUCGGUGGGCCGAAGGGCCUGUUUCCAUGCUGUAUCUCGAAACUAAACUAAACUUACCUAAACUGAACUGAACUGAACUGAACUGAACAGUCUGAAGAAGUGUCCCGGCUCGAAACGUCAGCCAAUCUUUUUCUCCUGAGAUGCUGCCUGACCCGCUGAGUUGCUCCAAUACUUUGUGUCCAUCUACACUAAACUAAAUAUGACCCAAGGUGUUCAGAUACACGUAGGCAGAAACAUUACAAACAGUGCAUGUGUGCGUGUGUGAUGGAAUGUAUGUGUUUUUCCUCACCACACCUUCACUCGAUCAUCUCUGAUCUAACUCUUAGUUGGGUCAAUGUUGGACUUACUUGGAGUCAUCUUGACCCUGCUUGCCUUCUCAUUGAUCAGCCUAGGGUUCCUAAAUCAUCUGAUACUUGGGGUUCGGAGAGGGGUCCACCAGUGCAGAUGAAGGAAUAAGGAACUGCAGAUGCUGGGUUGCAAGAGAAGAUGCACGAGUGUUGGAGUAACUCAGUGCGUCAGGCAACAUCUCUGGAGAAAGUGGAUUGGCGACGUUUCGGGUCCCCAGAGAUGCUGCCUGAGCUGCUGAGCUACUCCAGUGUCUUCCUUAGUGUGGAGGAAACCAGUUGAACCGGAUUUGCAGGACUCCGUCCUCUUAGGGACCAACUCCUCUGAUCAGACACGUUCCUGCUAGUCAUACUAAUCAUUCGUGGCGCCUCUCUCAGGAGGCAGCUUCCCAUAUACGAGGAAGACAAUGCGCUUUGGUUACUUAAUCACAAGAGGGCGCACCAUUGAGCCAAACCCUCUUCUCACUCGUCACACAUUGUUGAGUCAAGUUGAGUUUAUCGUCACAUGUACAGUUGCAUUAACUGCUCAUUGUUCAGCACUGUGAGAUCAGGAGCAGAGAGUUUCAUGAUGAUGCCACCCUCUGAUACCCUCCUCUUGACCGGCCAUCAAACCCGGGACCCUCCAGAUCUUCAGUGAGUCUCAAAGAACCAAUGUCUCCUCUGUGCUCCAGGUGCUUUAUACACAUGGGGGCCAAGGAACGCCUCACACUCAGCGACUUCUCCCAGCGAUUGGCGUGAUUUCACCUUUAAAGAGAGAGCAAUCUGACGAUCUGAGAAAUCAAGUGCUUUGUUUAGCCGGUUAUCCAGAAAGUAAAGUAUUGUAAUAACUAGAUAUUCGGAGGGACUGCAUAGCCCUUUCUUACAGGGGGCGUAAGGGUGGGAGCGGGGUGGGAUGUAGAGGAGAGCGAUUUGGGGCAUUACAUUUUUUUUUAAAUCAUGUUUUAAAGAUAUUUUAUUACAUAUUAUUAGUUCACAGCAGACUAUAUUGUAGCUCAAAUCUAUUUGGAUGCUUGGGCUGAGCGUGCUGUAAUGCAGAAAUGCCCAUUACAGAUUGUAAUAUUACCUCCUGGCCUUGACCUGAAUGAAGCCCCUUCACUUGGGCAGCUUCCAGCGGAGAUAAGAAAUGGCAAUCGGAAUAGGGAAUCCCAACUAAUGUUUCACCAGUCUCCACAAUCUCAACCUGACAGCGUGGAGACCUGUGGGAGCAGUGGGAAUGGCCCCAGUACAGAGUGGGAGGCAAUGGGGACAGUUCCAGCAGAGAGUGGGAGGCAGUGGGAAUGGUCCCAGAACAGAAUGGGGAACAGUAGGGCAGUCCCUGCACAGUGUGGGCAGUUGGAAACAGUCCCAGCACAGACUGGUGAACAGUGGGGAUGGUCCCAGUACAUAAUGUUGGGUGUAUGAGGAAUAUCCCAGCACAGAAUGGGGAGCAGUGGGAACUGUCCCAGUACAGAGUGGGGAACAUGACGACUGUCUCAGCAGAGAAUGGGGAACAGUGGGAAUCUUUCCCAGCACAGAGUGGGAAGCAAUGGGAACGGUCCCAGUACAGUGUGGGUGCAAUGGGA